AACUUUCAGAUAUUUCAUUAGAAUCAAAAUGUCUGAUCUUAGAUUGAUCAAGAUUUAAAUUUAGCAGUAUUUGUAAUAAAAUGUUAUAAAAAUUACAUAAAAAUACUACACUAUGCUGAAAACGACAUCACCACCCUCUUCGCCGGUCGUUGAUAUUGGCACAAAGAAACGGGCACUGCGUUCGCCUGCCAACAAGCGAGCACACUCCUCCAGCCCUACGGGACCUCGUCCUCGAGGAACAAUAUUUCCAAAGAAACCUCUUUUAGAAAGAAGAUGUCAAAGUUUAUCACCCUCCCGUGAAAUCCAAAGAAAAUCCCAGGAGUCGCCGACAUUCGCACCAGUUAGCGCAUCGGCUCCGGAAUCGACUACUAUACCGAAAACUCAUAGUAACCUAUCAAAUUCUGAUCAAGACAAAGAACCCGUGUUACCUCAAUGUGUCUUAAACAAAAUGUUGAGGAACUUGUCGACUAAAAAAAGGGAGUUCGUCAAAUUAAAGAAAUCUGUGAUAUCACAACAGAAUGCGCUGUUGGAGCAAUAUGCGUCUCUGAAAGAGAUGGAGUAUCGUGCUGGUGCCACUAACGAGGAAUCUUUGGGGGAGGUGCGGGUGCUGUCGGUGACCGGAUGGCCAGCACACGAUCUUCUACUGCUCGUACGUGACGACCUUGAAUUGCCAUUGACCUCGGAUAUUAGCGGUCUCUUUGGCCCUCAAAUAAUGCAACAGUUGCAUGCACAAUUGAAUAGUAUUCCAGAAGAAAUACUCGGAGUUGGCGCCGAACUUAUGGCGCGCCGUAUUGACCUUUUGAACCUCUUACGAUGCAAUCACCGCAAUGAUCGCUCUACCUACCUUACUAAUUUGGAAUGGAAAACAAAAAAUACCGAAUUUGAUCAUGAUACGGAGAAAUUGCAUAGAAUGGUGGCGGGGCUGGCAGAAAAUUUAAAAGCCAAGAUCAACUAUGCGCUAGAGCUGGCUAAGAUUCCAUGGCUUGAUCGCGAUGCUAUGACGAAAAGGAUAGAUCGUGUACAUAAAGAAAAUAUUAUUCUUCAACAUAAAAUAGAGAACAUUUCAAAGAAAGAGAACGAGGAAGGCAAAGAAUUUGGAAUUUUUGACACUACGCCUGCAAAUCAGGCAUUAUCUGAGGAGUUAUCUAAGGAGCGAGCAGCAGGUGAAGCAUUAAAAGAAGUGGUAGCGGCAGCAGAGAGCAUGCUUCGGGUCGCACGCGCACGUAUAUCUACGCUAGAGCGGCAGUUGAAAGAGUCCCGUGCAGAGCUGGAGACGGCGCGGCGCAAGCACAAAGACCUCGAGCAACUCGUAAACAGACUCGCACUCGAACAUUCACAGAAGACAUAUCGUCAUCGAGAGACGAGUUACGACGCCAGAUCGAAGAAGUUACUUGAAGUGUCCAAAACUGGAGAAAUUACUAUUGAAGCAUUAUCUCGACAACGUGAUGCUCUUGAACUUAGAGUGAAGGAGCUACGGGAACAAGCAGAAAUGGCUGAACGUGCCGCUGAGGUACGGGAAGCAGAGCAACGUGCACGCGGUGAUUCACUUCAGGCGAAGGUAGCAGAACAGGAGAAAAAUAGAGCCGCAGCAGAAAUUAAAGUGGUAGAAUUGGGCGGACGUGUCAAGGAAUUAGAGGAACAUAUACAAACUUUACGUGAACGUUCAGUGAAACUGGUUGACAUGGAACGGCGACGUUGUCUCGAAUUCAUACCUUCAAAAGAAAAUGAUCCAUCGGAUAGGGAAACUGAAAUCUGGAAGGAAUUGCAAGCUACAAGGGCAGCGCUAUCUCGAGCCGAGGAGGAAUUACGGCAGAGCAGAGCGGAUAAAGAUAGUUUCCUAAAUUCUUUAUCUCGGAUUGCACAAGGCGAAGGAACUCAAAACGUACAAGAUAAGAUGGCAACUGAGUUAUUAGAUAGUGAACAAAAGAUAAUAAAACUGCAACAUGUUAUUGAAGAGCAAAGAGAAAAUGAAAAAUUAAUGGAGCAAAGUAUGACGCAAUAUGAAAAUCAGUUAGCAUCGUUAAGACUUGAAGUGAAAAGAUUACGCAAUUACGACUGUUACGCCAAAGAGGUUCCAUAUCAAGAAUUGCAAACGGAGUUAUUGGAGCUACAUAUGCAAGUGGAAACACUUUCACACGAAAGAACUGCGUUGAUAACGGCUGCCGCUUCAAGGGCUUUGAUGCUUGAACGACACGAAAGAGCCGCAGACCUUUUCACACGAACAGUACGGGCACGUAGAGACCUCGCAGCUGUCCUUGAUGGUAAUGGAGAACCGCAGCUAGGGGACCAGAUAGCUCAUGCAGAAGUAUCAAGGUCAUUGUCAUCUGUGUGUGCAAGUGCUGCGGAUACGUGGACAGCAUUAAGAGCUGAAAGAGCACGAGUGCUGCGACUAGAGAGUGCCGUGCUGGAGCAAAGUUUACAAUUAGAGCGGGAGGGACGAGUACGGACACAACUUGAACGACGCCGAGCUGUACUCGAGCGCCAAAUUGUGCGAUCGCACCACUCGGCAUCUACGGAGCAUUGGGUUAUGGGAAAGAAUCCAAGUUUAGUAUUUAAAUAUACCCUAUAGGAUGAUCGCAUAUGGUGAAACAAUCACACCACAGCCGAGCCGAUGGUAUUUGCAAAUAUUA